UGAACAGAGUACCUUGUCAUCUGAUUGGUCGAAUAGUCUUGUGUGUAGCACAUAGGUUACGCUUCCCAGUCAUCCUCGCAUAUAAAUACUCUUCUGCCGUGGUUACUCUAUUUCAGAAUUGCUACUUAACUGGCGCUCAGUCCAAACCAAAUUACGUUACAGGCGUUACACUCACACAGGAUGCCUGGUUCUGCCUCUAAUAACUGCUUGGGUCCGUGGCCCAAGGAUGUGGGUAUCAUUGCCAUGGAACUGUACUUCCCAUCGCAGUAUGUGGACCAAGCUGAACUGGAACAGUUUGAUGGUGUUACAGCUGGCAAAUACACAGUGGGCCUGGGUCAAGCCUGCAUGGGUUUUUGCUCAGACUGUGAAGAUAUCAACUCCCUUUGCCUGACAGUGGUCCAAAGACUGAUGGAGAAGAACAACCUUUCUUACGAUUCAAUAGGUCGUUUGGAAGUUGGCACUGAGAGCAUCAUUGAUAAGUCCAAGUCUGUAAAGACAGUCCUCAUGCAGCUGUUUGAAGAUUCGGGCAAUACUGAUGUGGAGGGCAUUGACACCACAAAUGCCUGUUAUGGUGGGACCGCUGCGCUCUUCAAUGCUGUAAAUUGGGUUGAAUCCAGCUCGUGGGAUGGCCGCUAUGCCUUAGUUGUAGCAGGCGACAUUGCUGUUUACGCCUCAGGAAGCGCCAGACCUACAGGCGGUGCUGGUGCUGUGGCAAUGCUCAUUGGGCCCAAUGCUCCUUUGGCCUUUGAAAGAGGUUUACGAGGAACCCACAUGCAGCAUGCGUACGACUUCUACAAACCUAACCUCAUGUCAGAGUAUCCUGUGGUGGAUGGCAAGCUAUCUAUUGAGUGCUACCUGAGUGCCUUGGACCGCUGCUACUCUGUGUACCGGAAUAAGAUCCAUGCUCAGUGGCAAAGAGGUAAUUCAGAGAAGCGCUUUUCUUUGGAGGACUUUGGCUUUCUCGUCUUCCACUCGCCAUACUGCAAGCUGGUGCAAAAGUCGUUGGCUAGACUGAUGCUGAAUGACUUCCUGAACCACCCCUGCCCAAACACGGAGACGGGCCCCUUCAGUGGCCUUGAUGCUUUCAGAGACAUAAAGCCAGAGGAGACCUACUUUGAUCGUGAUGUUGAGAAGGCCUUUAUGAAAGCCAGUGCGGACUUGUUUGAGAGGAAGACCAAGCUGUCUUUGCUCAUAUCCAACCAGAACGGAAAUAUGUAUACCCCCUCAGUCUACGGCUGCUUGGCAUCUGUCAUUGCGCAACACACAUCUUUGCAGAUGGCAGGUCAAAGGAUUGGAGUCUUCUCCUAUGGCUCAGGAUUUGCUGCAACUCUGUAUUCUCUCAGGGUCUCACAGGACCACACACCUGGUUCUGCUCUUGACAAACUUAUCUGCAGUAUGAGUGACCUGAAGGUCAGACUGGAGUCAAGAAAGAAGGUUUCACCUGCUGUCUUCUCUGAAAACAUGAAGCUCAGAGAAGAGACCCACCACCUAGCCAGCUACAUCCCUCGUGGUUCUGUGGAGGAUCUGUUUCCAGGUACUUGGUACUUGACACGAGUGGAUGAGAAACACCGUCGGGAAUAUGCCAGGAGACCUCUGGACAGUGAGCUGCCUUCAGAGCCAGAACGUGUUCGUUCCAGCACUGCCACUGAGCACAUCCCAAGUCUAGCCAAGAAGAUGCCACGCAUCCCUGUGGCCACGUCCAACAACGACACUGGCGUCAGCAACUGAGAGCCUCCUCCCCCCUCACCCCAGCUCUUCCUCAAGGUCUCACGGUCCAGUAAUUUGGAAACGGUGCAAACACUAAGUUGAUCAAAAGGCCAGCGUGUCCUUGGUCUUGCAAUGCGGCUUGUGGACAGCUUUUCGAUGCCGCUGAACUGCUUGUAACUUGCCCAUCCUCACCAAGUGUACACAUCUAUCAAGAGGGGACGAUAUUUCAUACAUUAAAAAGUGUUAGGAAAACGUAAUUUUCAUAUUUUUAUUUUGGAGCACUGACUGUUAUGACUUUAGCAUCACCUAACCAGAGAAAGCAAAUUCUGUUUUAAAAUUUAAAAAUGAGGAUUUUAUCUGUGCACCUCGCUGGUUCGACAGCAGCCAUCCCGAAUCACCUUAUCAUGCAUAUUUUGUCUUUGACUGUAACUACGUUGACCCCCCCCCCCCCCCCCCAGAUAACCAAUUAUAGCCUGGACGCAUUGAAAGAUAUAAAAUCGCAUGGCGCUCUGAAUAAAACACUAGCUUGAUAAUUGGUUAUUUGGCAGUGUCAGUUAACCUUCAGGGUGACAAAAAAUAUAUACAUUUAAUUUUUUAAAUCAUUUUAAAAAUGACAUUAAAUGUUACUCGUAUAUAUCGGUAAUCAAAUAAACUGUGAGACGGUUAUUAUCAUUGGAUAUUUCUUAAAACUGCUGACUGAGUUUUAUCCAGUUAGACUUUUUCUGCCACACCACUCUAAACACCGCAUGUCUCUAUCUGCUAACUAUUACAGAAACAGAAACUAACCUACAUAAAAAAAAAGGUCUUGAGUCAAUGUCUAUUUGUGUCACUUGUGGCUCCGUGUGUUUUGGUGCUUUCUGCUCGUGUCAUAUUUGGCAACGUUGGCAGGAAGCGAAACCGCAUAAAUAUCUUGAACUGACAGUGGCCAUCAUUUGAGUUUGAGUUUUUGUAAUAAGUCAUUCUAAGUUCUUUCUUCGUCUGUGUCUUUCCGGUUGUUUUAUUCCUGUUCAAUCUUGAAUAAAAUAUCCGGGAUAGGAAGAAAUAGUACUCAGGUAGAAACCAUGGCAACCAUCUGUCUUGAAUUUGAUGAGGUGUGGAUGAUUAUAGUACAGAGUUAUUGAAAUUACAGUUACGUAUGCCAUAAAGAAGCCUUAUUUCAAUGAUGUAUCAAAUGUAAACAAAAUGCGUUUCCUUAUGUACAGAAAUUCUCAGUUGUACAGUCAGUUGGUGCCUCUCCACACAUGCUAGCAUCACAAUUGCGGUGUGGCUGUUUUGCUAGUGUGACUGUAAUGUAGCUUGCCUAAUAGGUCACACGAUCUAAAAUUUUGUUGUUAAUGUACAGUAAAUGCUGUAAAAUUAUUUAUGCAUUGUAGAUAGGAGUGGAUGGUCCAUCCGAUUUAUUUUAGGCAUACCGUUUCUGUAAAUGAAAAUAAAUGAUUACUGUAUUCAA